UUUGUCCAGGUGCAAGCACUGCAGCAAAGGGUCCCAGGUCCCAGAUCACAGCCUGUCUCAAAAGAAAAAAGUUCUUAUUUCUGUGAAACUUAGGAUGAAUGCUUUGGAAGUCCUAGAUGGAGGUUUACAGGAACAUCGUGACCUGACCUAUGUGGACAGCUGCAAGAAGGAAGGAUUCUGAUGCCAAGAAGUUUGCAAUAACCAACCACACCCUCUCCCGUUUUAGUAUAAAAGAAGCCUGAACUCUAACUCAGAACCUUCCAUCGUGAGGAGGAGUGAGAAAGCCCUGGAGAAUGUGUGGUACAACUUUAAUGCCCUUAAGUUCUGAGAAGACUUUCAAACCUAACUCUCUCCCCUAAUUCCUCUGAGAUGAGACCAGCGUCCACAGGAGCGGGAAUGACACCAUUCAGUGGAAACACCCAUCUGGGAAAGACACAGGCAGGGCUAAAACGAGUUGGCAUAGCUCUGACGGGCUAGGAGUGCAAUGGACAAACACCAAGAGUAUCCUGGCACUGGUUUCACAAUCCUCUUAGGCCAGCAUUGUCCAGUAGAACUUUCGGUGAUGAUGGAAAUGUUCUAGAGCUGUGCUGUCCCAGAUCGAAAUAGGUACAUCUGGUGACCUGUGAUGGCAGCUCCAGAGGCAGGCCAUCGGGGAUCAGAACCGCUAUGGUCUUCCAGCUACGGCUAUGACGACUGCCUGAAGGCAAGAUUCUGAAUUCGAUGCUGGUGGGAAUAAAUGCUGAAGGAGAUAUGGUCCCUGUCCUUGAGAGAGACAGAACUAAACAUGCGACCAGAAAGCCAAGAGCAUUUAUUCAGUCAGAGAGCAUAAUAGAAGUACUGCGUUUUGAUGAUGGAGGGCUUCUACAGACUGAGACAACACUUGGACUCAGUUCAUACCAACAGAAAAGUAUAUCUCUGUACCGGGGUAAUUGCAGACCUAUACGAUUUGAGCCACCAAUGCUGGAUUUCCAUGAACAACCAGUUGGAAUGCCAAAAAUGGAAAAAGUUUACUUACAUAAUCCUAGUUCUGAAGAAACUAUUACUUUAGUAUCAAUAUCUGCUACAACAUCACAUUUUCAUGCAUCAUUUUUUCAAAAUAGGAAAAUUCUUCCAGGAGGAAAUACAUCAUUUGAUGUAGUUUUUCUUGCAAGAGUAGUAGGAAAUGUAGAAAAUACUUUAUUUAUUAAUACAUCUAAUCAUGGGGUAUUCACUUACCAGGUAUUUGGUAUUGGAGUUCCAAAUCCAUACCGACUGAGGCCAUUCCUUGGGGCCAGAGUCCCUGUGAAUAGCAGUUUCUCACCUAUAAUAAACAUACACAAUCCUCACAGUGAGCCGUUACAGGUUGUAGAAAUGUACUCUAGCGGAGGAGAUCUUCACCUCGAGCUUCCGACAGGUCAGCAGGGAGGCACCAGGAAACUGUGGGAAAUUCCUCCUUAUGAAACCAAGGGAGUGAUGAGAGCCAGUUUUUCGUCUAGAGAAGCAGAUAAUCACACAGCUUUCAUAAGAAUAAAGACUAAUGCUUCAGACAGCACGGAGUUUAUCAUUCUUCCAGUUGAGGUGGAAGUUACCACAGCUCCUGGAAUUUAUUCCUCAACUGAAAUGUUAGAUUUUGGUACACUGCGAACACAAGAUCUACCAAAAGUUUUAAAUCUUCAUUUAUUAAAUUCAGGAACAAAAGAUGUACCAAUAACAAGCAUUCGACCUACACCACAAAAUGACGCUAUAACGGUACACUUUAAACCAAUUACAUUAAAAGCUUCAGAAAGUAAAUAUACCAAGGUUGCAAGCAUCAGCUUUGAUGCAUCAAAGGCAAAAAAACCAUCUCAGUUUUCUGGGAAAAUAACUGUUAAAGCAAAGGAAAAGAGUUAUUCUAAACUUGAAAUACCAUAUCAAGCAGAGGUUUUAGAUGGUUAUUUGGGAUUUGAUCACUCUGCAACACUGUUUCACAUCCGGGACACUCCUGCUGACCCUGUGGAAAGGCCAGUUUACCUUACUAACACUUUCAGUUUUGCGAUCCUCAUUCAUGAUGUGCUGCUACCAGAAGAAGCCAAAACAAUGUUUAAAGUUCACAACUUCAGCAAACCAGUCUUAAUUCUUCCACAUGGAUCAGGAUACAUCUUUACUCUGUUUUUUAUGCCAUCCACAUCAUCCAUGCACAUAGAUAACAAUAUUUUACUUAUUACCAAUGCCUCUAAGUUUCAUUUACCUGUGCGGGUAUACACAGGUUUUUUAGAUUACUUUGUAUUACCCCCCAAAAUAGAAGAACGUUUCAUAGAUUUUGGUAUACUGAGUGCUACAGAAGCAAGUAAUAUUUUAUUUGCAAUUAUAAACAGCAACCCAAUUGAGUUGGCUAUAAAAAGUUGGCAUAUCAUUGGAGAUGGCUUAUCAAUAGAACUCGUAGCUACUGAAAGAGGCAAUAGAACUACAAUAAUCUCAAGCCUUCCAGAGUUAGAAAAAUCCUCUUUAUCAGACCAGUCAUCAGUAAUAUUAGCUUCAGGAUAUUUUGCAGUGUUCAGAGUCAAACUUACUGCAAAAAAACUGGAAGGGAUUCAUGAUGGGGCCAUACAGAUUACAACAGACUAUGAGAUCCUAACAAUUCCCGUGAAAGCUGUGAUCGCAGUGGGUUCUCUGACUUGCUUCCCAAAGCAUAUGGUUCUUCCACCUUCUUUUCCAGGGAAAAUAGUUCAUCAGAGUUUAAAUAUUAUGAAUUCCUUCUCACAGAAGGUAAAGAUCCAACAAAUACGAUCUUUGUCAGAAGAUGUACGAUUUUACUACAAACGAUUACGGGGCAAUAAGGAAGAUUUGGAGCCAGGGAAAAAAUCAAAGAUUGCAAACAUUUAUUUUGAUCCUGGACUGCAGUGUGGGGAUCAUUGCUAUGUUGGCUUGCCUUUUCUGUCCAAAUCUGAACCCAAAGUACAGCCUGGUAUAGCCAUGCAGGAAGAUGCUUGGGACGCUGACUGGGAUUUGCAUCAAAGCCUGUUCAAAGGAUGGAUGGGAAUAAAGGAAAAUUCCGGUCAUAAAUUGAGCGCUAUAUUUGAAGUAAAUACAGACCUUCAAAAAAACAUACUGUCAAAAAUCACUGCCGAGCUCUCCUGGCCAUCCGUCCUCAGCUCACCCCGUCACAUGAGGUUUCCCCUUACUAAUACAAACUGCUCUUCAGAAGAAGAGAUUACGUUAGAAAAUCCUGCAGAUGCUCCUAUCUACAUUCAGUUUAUUCCUCUGGCCUUAUAUUCCAACCCUUCCGUCUUUGUAGAUAAGUUAAUAUCAAGGUUUAACUUAAGUAAGGUGGCAAAGAUAGAUUUAAGAACACUAGAAUUCCAAGUCUUCAGAAACAGUGCUCAUCCACUGCAGAGUUCAACAGGAUUUACAGAAGGCCUCUCCCGACAUUUAAUUUUAAACCUAAUUUUAAAACCUGGAGAAAAGAAAUCUGUCAAAGUAAAGUUUACUCCAGUUCACAAUAGAACUGUUUCUUCCCUAAUCAUAAUCAGAAAUAACCUGACUGUGAUGGAUGCUGUGAUGGUCCAAGGACAAGGAACAACUGAGAACUUGAGGGUGGCAGGCAAGCUUCCAGGUCCAGGGAGCUCCUUGCGCUUUAAAAUCACAGAAGCAUUAUUAAAAGACUGUACAGACAGUUUGAAACUAAGAGAACCAAAUUUCACAUUGAAAAGAACAUUUAAAGUAGAGAAUACAGGACAACUUCAAAUUCACAUAGAAACCAUUGAAGUCAGUGGGUACUCAUGCGAGGGAUAUGGCUUUAAAGUUGUCAAUUGUCAAGAAUUUGUACUAAGUGCCAAUGCCUCUAAAGACAUAAUCAUUUUGUUUACUCCUGAUUUCACAGCUUCUAGAGUUAUUCGUGAACUGAAGUUUAUAACAACCAGUGGCUCUGAAUUCGUAUUUGUAUUGAAUGCAUCCCUUCCUUACCAUAUGUUAGCAACCUGUGCAGAAGCCCUGCCCAGGCCCAACUGGGAGCUGGCUCUGUACAUCAUCAUCUCAGGAAUAAUGAGUGCACUGUUUCUUUUGGUAAUUGGAACAGCCUAUUUAGAAGCUCAAGGAAUUUGGGAGCCAUUUCGAAGGCGACUAUCCUUUGAGGCCUCGAACCCGCCCUUUGAUGUCGGAAGACCAUUUGAUCUCAGGAGAAUCGUUGGUAUUUCAUCUGAAGGAAACUUGAACACACUCAGCUGCGACCCCAGUCACAGUAGGGGGUUCUGUGGAACAGGCAGCUCGGCGUCCCGGCCCAGUGCCGGGAGUCAUAAGCAGUGUGGCCCACCCGUGCACGCACACAGCAGUCACAGCAGUAGAAACUCAGCUGACGUGGAAAACGUCAGAGCCAAAAGCAGCGCAAGUACCUCGAGCAGGACUAACGCCCAGUCGGCGAGCAAAGCCGGUGCCCUGGUCUUAGAUCCACAUGCCGUGGCCCAGGGUCACACAGCAGGCAGGAAGUCCAAGGGGGCAAAACAGAGCCAGCACGGCAGCCAGCACCAUGCCCACAGCCCGCUGGAGCAGCACUCGCCACCGCCACCGCCAGUGCCUCAGCACCAGGAGCCGCAGCCCGAGAGGCUGUCCCCCACACCCCUCGCGCACCCCUCCCACCCAGAGCACCCCAGCAGCACACGGCACAGCUCGGAGGACUCAGACAUCACCAGUCUCAUCGAAGCCAUGGACAAAGACUUCGACCACCACGACUCCCCACCCCUGGAAGUGUUUGCAGAGCAGCCGCCUUCACCACUGUCGAAAAGCAAAGGUGGCUCGGAAUUGCCCAAAUUCAACUCUGUACUUCGGGUACCUUUCCUCCUGAGACUCCCACGGGAUAUACACACGCAGAGGUCACGAGAAACCGGAAACAAGGCAGCCGAUCCUGUGCCUGCAGUGCCCAGCUCAGGGAAAGGAAAGCCUCUUCAGCGCAAGGUAAAACCACCUAAAAAGCACGAGGAAAAGGAGAAGAAGGGAAAGGGGAAGCCCCAGGAGGACGAGCUGAAGGACUCCUUGGCCGAAGACGACAGCUCCUCCACCACCACAGAGACCUCCAGCCCAGACACAGACCCGCUCCCCAGGGAGGAUACAGAAAAGCAAAAGGGAAAACAAGCCAUGCCUGAAAAACAUGAGAAUGAAAUGUCUCAAGUGAAACAGAAAAGCAAAAAACUCUUAAAUGUUAAGAAAGAAAUCCCAACAGAUGUGAAACCCAGUUCUUUAGAGCUACCAUAUACCGCCCCUUUGGAAAGUAAACAACGUCGAAAUCUCCCAACCAAGAUUCCUCUUCCAACUACAUUGACAGGUGGAUCCAAACCGCGAAAUUCCCAGAAAACAAAAGGUACAAACAAGUUAGUGGAUAACAGGCCACCUGCCCUAGCAAAAUUCCUCCCAAAUAGUCAAGAACUAGGCAACACCAGUAGCUCAGAAGGUGAAAAAGACUCUCCACCGCCAGAGUGGGAUUCCGUGCCCGUUCACAAGCCCGGCAGCUCUACCGACAGUCUUUAUAAACUCUCUCUGCAAACCCUCAACGCAGACGUCUUCCUAAAACAACGCCAGACCUCCCCGCCGCCCAGCUCCCCGUCGCCGCCCGCCGCGCCCUGCCCGUUCACGCCCCGGGGCAGCUACAGCAGCAUCGUCAACGGCAGCCCCGGCAGCGACUCUAAAACAAAGCAGUCAAAUGGAAGCAAACACAAACUGACGAAAGCAGCCUCGCUCCCGGGCAAGAAUGGCAACCCCACUUUUGCUGCAGUCACGGCCGGGUACGACAAGAGCCCAGGUGGGAACGGCUUUGCUAAGGUUUCUUCAAGCAAAGCAGACUUUUCCAGCAGCCUUGGCGUGCCACACACUCCCGUUGACAGCGAUGGCUCAGACAGCUCGGGUUUGUGGAGUCCCGUCAGCAACCCCAGCAGCCCUGACUUCACACCCCUCAAUUCGUUCUCGGCCUUUGGAAACUCUUUUAACCUAACUGGUGAAGUUUUCAGCAAGCUUGGGUUAUCACGAUCGUGCAAUCAGGCCUCACAGAGGAGCUGGAGCGAGCUGAGCAGUGGCCCCUCGUACCUCUGGGACUCUCCAGCGACCGAGCCCAGCCCUUCCUGGCCAGCCAGUUCCGGUUCCCCGACCCACGCGGCCACACCGAUCCUUGGCAGCACCAGCAGCCUGUGGUCCUCCACUCCGUUCAGCAGCUCCAUCUGGUCCAGCAGCCUGCACAGCACCCUCCCCUUCACCAGCCCUGCCAACGCGCUGCCAAGCAUCGGCCUCGUGGGCCCCGAAAGCCCCUCCGCUCCUCACACACCCUCCGCCGCCAGCCCCGCCGACGACCUGGGCCAGACCUACAACCCGUGGCGGAUAUGGAGCCCCACCAUCGGAAGGAGGAGCUCCGACCCCUGGUCUAAUUCGCACUUCCCUCAUGAGAAUUGAAAUUAGGCAAAAAAAGAAAAGAAAAAGAAAAAAGUGGGGGCCCCUCGUCUAGAUCAUGAUACGCCCAUUUUCGAGACAUCUUUUUAAGGCUCUUUCUUACCGCAGGAGCUUCCCACUCCCCACCCUCCUCAUCUUUGCAAAACAGACUCAAGCAGGGCAGGCUUGUACCACUCGCUUCUUUCAGAUCUUUCUUGCAAUUAUGAUAAUAUGAGAUUUGCUGUUGUGCUUUUAGAGAAAAGUCUGGACUCAGCCACAAACUCUAACAAGACCUGUACAUCUGAAAACCUUAACUGUUAUCAAGUUUCCACCACUUGUCUUCUUCCAUUCUUUAUUUAUCUGUAUGAACACAAAUUUGACAUUACAGCUAAGGAAAUAACUUGAGUUGAUUCAGAAGUCCUGGCAUGUGACAAUUUUAUUAAAUUACCAACUUUGGUUUUUAAUAAUUUCAAAAUAUUAUGCGCCAAGGUCUAAUUUUAAAAAUGUAUGAGGACUUUGUGCUGAAAAAUAGAGUAUUUUUUUAAAAUAAGGCUGUCUCGGUUUAAAAGCAGAUUACAGAAAUGUAAGUCAACUUUAAGAACAGUGAAUGAAUGUAAAAACAUUCGGUUGAGACCAUAUGCAUUUUCUGUGCUGUUUGUACUUGAGGUAUGUAACAUUUGUAUACCUGAAUUUAUUUUAAAGAUAAACUGAAAUGCACAUAGCCAAGUCUUGAGAUACAAGAUUGAAUGUGUAUUUCUUAAAAAUACAACUUUGUGUUGUACUUUGAAAUAAAUGAUGCUUUUUUCAAAAGCC